AACAAUCUCAUUUCGACCCUCAACAUGUGUGGCAGAUACUCCCUCGGAUUGCCUCACGCAGACAUCCAGGAAAUGCACGGCUAUAACGUCCACGUCGGCGAAUGGGUAGGCCAGGACCAGUUUCAGCCUAGACAUAAUAUCGCACCGCGCUCCCAAGCACCCGUGCUUCGGAGGCGCGAACAAGGCGAAGACGGUUCACCAGACGACCUCGUCCUCCAGACCAUGCGAUGGGGUCUCGUUCCGCACUGGAGUAAGCAUGAGGAUAAGACUCUGAGUACCACAAAUGCGCGCAGAGAGAACCUGGUCGAAGGUGGAGGUAUGUGGCAGAGCAUCAAGGGCAAGAGACGCUGUGCAGUCGUCUGCGAGGGUUACUACGAAUGGCUGAAGAAGGGCAAGGAGCGGUUGCCCCACUUCACGAAGCGCAAGGACGGGAAACUCAUGCUCCUUGCAGGCCUUUACGAUCGCGCGUUGUUCGAAGGAGAGACUGAGCCUCUCUGGACGUUCACCAUUGUGACCACUGACGCGAACAAGGAAUUCCAAUGGUUACACGAUCGCCAGCCAGUCAUCCUCUCCUCCAUGGAAGCUCUCACCAAAUGGCUCGACACAAGUCCACAGAAGUGGACACCCGACCUCACGAAACUAGUCCAGCCAUAUCACGACCCCGAGACUCCACUGGCUUGUUAUCAGGUCCCCAAGGAAGUCGGGAAAGUGGGCACAGAGUCUUUGACGUUCAUCCAACCCGUCGCCGAGCGCAAAGACGGCAUUCAAGCCAUGUUCGCGAAACAAACCGCAUCUACGUCCUCUCAGCCGUCCAAUGGAUCCAAACGGAAGCGCAGCCCGUCACCUCCACAACCUUUCAACUCGGAUAAGCAGGCGAAGGAGGAACCUUCCCAGGACACGAAGCUACCCGCGGACAAGCUGAACACAUGGGAGGAUGACUCAGAGAUUGAGUACGUCGAUGGCCCUCAUCCCGCCGAUAAGGUAAGGCGUCUCGUACAAUCAUACAUGUGCAUGUUACGUACCGCGGACCUCCAACUACAUAGAAGCCGGAGGUAAAAGGCGAGUCGGCUGACAAUCACCCACUACCGUCCACACCGACAAAGGUACGUACAUUCCACCGCCGACAUCUGAUCCACGUUUAAGGUAUUGUAGCGUGCGCGCAUCACGGCGAGG